AACAUCGAGUCACUCAACUGCUUAGCAACCUGUAAACAAACAUUUACGACAAUGUUUAGUCUAUACUUUGUGUUGAAUUCUUUCUUGACUCUUGUUUCACGUGAAUUUCCAUGCAAGUACUACCACACUGGAAAUCACUGCUAUGACGGUCCAGAAUGCCGUUUCUCUCAUGACAAGCUGACACCUGAAACAGAAGAAAUUCUUCAGAAAGCACUAAACUCAGCUCGAGAAGAGGCUGCCAACUUGCCAGUGCCUGAAACAAGAAUGCAACAAGACAGUGUGCAACUUCCUCGUUUGUAUGGCAGUGAUGAUGCAACUCACAAUGCCAAAAUCGAUGUCAAUCCAGGAUGGGGCAUUCCACAUUCAAGUAUAAAACGACAACUAAUUAUCGUGCCUGGUCGACCAGUCCUGUUGUCGUAUCCUGCUGGAGACGUACCUGCACAUUUACAGUCUCCUUUGCUUGGAACUCGUGUACCACAUGUGAGUGAGGUGCAUGUUAGAGAGUAUCGUCAGCAGGUAGGUGAGUGGGACUACGAGUCAAGAAGUGAAGAAUGGGUGAGAGACGAAAACGAGAGGAAAGAAUUUGGCGAUCACAUUGAGCAGUUUGGGUAUCAAUUGGACAGCGGGGAAGGAUGGCAAGAUGGUCCUCAUCCAAAUGACUGGGUACCUCAGCAUGAACCUCUUGCUGAUAAUCAACACAAUCAGCAGAACUGGUCCUUACAUAGACAGCCUGCCAUGGAAGAAGACAUUCACAUGAAGGACAGACAUCCAAAUGAUUGGAUUCCUCAGAGGCAAGUGAUAUUGGAAGAACCUGCUGGUCCAAUGCCUCAACCUCCAGACAACUGGGCUUCUCAAAGACAACCGCUUCUAGUAGUAGACAAGCAAAUAGGACCCGACUGGGGACCACGGCAACGAUCUCCACCUUUUGACAACAACAGCAAACCUCAUAGAGGACGUAAGAAUGACUGGAUUUCACAAAGAGACAUGAGAGGUGGUCUUGAUGUCGUGCCGCAGUUUGAUCUGGAUGAGAUUCCACCUAAUUUUGAUUCUCACCCACCAAAGAAACCAAGAUUUGAACCGGAGGAACCUUACACUAAAAAUGCCCUUGGAAUAGUUGUGGGCCAGGUGAGGAGUUUGGCAGGCGAGACUCAAGAGAAUAUGGGAGUAAUGCCAAUGGACAGUCAGAUGAGACAUCCAACCAAUUUAGACCCUAGACAGAAGGGGUUUGGAGAACCAGUUCCAUAUGUACAAGAAAGACCGCCACCACAAAGGCUUAUUGAAGAACCCGUUUGUGAACAAGCAGAUUUUCUUCCUCUUUCUCGUCAGUCUGGUGAUCAGAAGUACCAAGAGUACAGACCAUCAAAGGAUAGACUUGACAGAGACAGACAGAACUGGAAUACAGUGGAUUCUUCAUAUAUGUCUACAGACAGGGCAAUGGUUAAGUAUGCUGAUGAGCGACCACAGGGAGAGUAUGUGAAUGAGAGGUUUGUCGGUGGAUACGCAGGUGAAAACAUGAGAGAGAGAGUGACUUCACCUCCUCGUCCUCUCUUUCAAGGAUUGGACAGAGACGAAAGAAGUAGACAGAUGGAUGCACCAGGUUUGAUGGAUGAAUCCAGAUUGAGGAACAGGGUAAUAGAUGGUUCGAGAAUAAUAGAUGACCCUAGACAGAUGGAUGGUCCUAGACCUAUGGAUGUUCCUAGACCCAUGGAUGGUCCUAGACUUAUGGACAAUCCUAGAGAGAUGGAUGCUUCAAGACAAAUGGAUGCUGCCAGACAGAUGGAGGCUUCUAGAUCGAUGGGUGAUCCCAGGCAGAUGGAGGAUCUCAGACACAUGGAUGAUCCCAGACACAUGGACGGUCGUAGGCAGAUGGACCACCUUGGGAAUAGGCAAUUGGUGAGUUCAGGAUAUGGAAAUGAUGUUCCUCGAGAAAAGUACAGCCCUCCAUUGGCAAGGGAGUAUGGGAGAGACAUGGACGAGAGAGCAGUUGGGGCAUACAGAAAUGAGAUGCCACGAGACAAAUUUAUUCCACCAACUAUUCCUCAACGUAGUCAUUAUGAUGGAGACCCUAGCAGUAAGCAGAUUGGUCAAUUUGUAGAUGAGAGAUCUGGAAGUGCACUUCCACAGUUGUCACCUUUACAUGCCAUGAAAGGAUAUGAGAAAGAUGUAGUGGACCAUCCUGUGGGAAACUUCGUAAACAAGCAACCGUCUUCAAGAGACAGACUCAGUCCACAGAGACGGUAUGAAUCAGAAACGCAGCAACGAGACAUGAGAAGCUCAGACACGGAUUGGCAAUUUAGGAGAAAUGUUGGUGACACCCAGCCACCUAGACAAGCACUGUAUGACCAGCCAAGUGAGAGAUACAACAUUGAUCAGAAUCAGGGACCUCCGGUCCAGGGUCAUUUAGGUCGUGAAGAGCGACCUAGACCAAAUGAAUAUGAAAUACCUCAACCGGACAUUGGAAGAGACGUCAGGCAAGUGCAUGUUGGAGGAGGUGACAGGCAGCCACCCAGAGAGAGAGAACAUAUUCAGCCAUUAAUGGACAGACAUGCUGAUAUACCAUAUGAUCAAGGCCGAAGUGAUGAAGGACCGUAUGACAUCGUACGGAGAGAUCCUGCAAAAGAAUUGAGAUACAAUCUGCCGGUGAGAGAAGAGGUUGGGUAUGGUUAUCCAGCGUUUGAAACUAGUACAAGACACAAAUCACAUGAUCAGUUCACCGAUGACAGGCAACAAGGAUUCAAUGAGAAUCGUUCAACUUCGGAACAAAACUGGGACCAACGACCUGACAUGCAUUCACAAGGAUACAGACACACUGAACAGCAGGUCAAUCAGCAGGAAGCGCCCCAGUAUCUCAGCUCUAAGCCAUCACAAGAUCCUCAUUUUAUGCCUGCUAAUGCACCUUACCAGACAUCAGACCGCUCAAACUCAACUAUGUCUCAUUCUGCCCUGCCAAGUGGUUCAUACAGCUCUCAUUAUAUGCCUUCUCAUGGUGGCAUGUCAUCACAUAUACCGCACCAGGAACCAGCUGUCAUGUUUGAUUCCACAGGAUUUAAUCAUUCCGUGUCAAGGCAACAGCCGAAAGAACAAGAAUCGACUAUCCAGGCUUCACGUGAUCCGCGACAGAGAAGCAGAGUGCCUCUACCUGAGCAGACACCACCUCGAGAGAACAGAUUACUAUCGGAACCAAGGAAAGAUGAGCUGCCGUAUGCUUCUCCAACUGGGACAGUGUUGGAUAUCAAGAUGGAAAUGCCACCACCGAAAAGCAGUAGUAUUACACCAAAAGUGAUGCCAGCGUCUGCCAAAGAACAGCCGAAGAAACAGUCAUUGGCUGACUUGUUUAAGAGCAUUGAUCCGACAGCGUCACCAUUUGGAUGACAUAAUUUUGAGAAGUUGACAAUUAGCAAUAAUGAAGGAUUUUGAUUUACUUUAUGCAUAUUUGGGUGCAGGCAAGGCAGUCUUGGUAGAGAAUAAACUUGUUUACUCUGAAAUUGGUUGCCUUUCGUUGCAUUGUAUUUGUUCCUCAACUUGUCUCUUUGCAGUUAAAAUAAAAUACUUAAUUAAUAAACAAAAAA